AUGAAAGGAGGAGGCGUGCGGCCCGGGAGGCGCAUGUUAAUGCGAGCGGAGCACCGUCGCCGCGUCCCGGAACCUACAGCCGCAGUAGCCGGUGUCGGGAGGAAUGGAAAAUAUAUAUCAGGCCGAGCGAAAAGUCCACUACACACCCCUAGGGGAGGGCCCCGGACGUGCGUUCGAUUCAAACGAGCCGUGUCCGCCCUACGUUGGAGCUCACUCGUAGAGGCCGGCAGGGCGAUCGCUGGAGCGCCGUGGUCACCCGCUCGGAACGCCGCCCUGCCCGCACCCGCCACCCCUAAAAAGCCAGUGGCGAGCUGCAAGAGAAAGUGCCGCGCACACCCACAUGCGUACAAUCUUCGGGGGAGAGGAUUGUGUGGAGACGGCACCCCCCCGGCCCGUAUACGCCCGCCACCCUGCGGCGACAUCUUUCAA